AUGGAGCUCUCUCUGAUUGAGGAACAGCGCAUCAACAUCAAGUUUCUUGCAAAGUUAGGCAAGAAUGGCCGUGAGAUUUUUGAGUGUUUGAAACAAGCUUACGGAGACAAUUCUCUGAAGGAACCUACCGUCAACAAGUGGUUAAAAAGGUUCCGAGAAGGCCGAGAAGACCCGAAAGAUGACAUUCGCUCAGGACGCCCCUCCACAUCGAGUUCUGACGGAAAUGUUGAACGAAUUCGGGUUUGUGUUCUUAAAGACCGUGGAUUGACAAUUAGAAUGAUAGCUGAGGAUCUGUCAAUCCCCAAAACAACCGUCCACGAAAUUGUGACUGAAAAACUUAAAAUGAAAAAAUUGUGUGCGAAAAUCGUUCAGAAGCUCUUGACUCCAGAACAGAAAGCAAGGAGGGUUGCUUGGUGUGAGGAUUGGUUGGAAGCAGAGGAAAUGCAGGACUUUCUCAACGGGGUCAUCACUGGAGACGAGUCUUGGUUCUACGAAUUUGAUGUGGAGCUGAAAUCUCAAAGCAAGGAGUGGAAGCAAGCAGGGCAACCAAGAACAAAAAAGUCGCGAAAAUCAAGGUCCAAUGUGAAAACAAUGUUGAUUGUUUUCUUUGAUUCUAGGGGCAUUGUUCAUCAGGAAUUUGUCCCUCCUGGCUAG